UCAAAUACCACAACACCCAACAAACACAAUUUCAAUCCCUCCAUUCAUUCCCCCACCAUAUUUACAACCCCAAUUAAUUCCCCCAUUACUACAUCCAUCAACAUUUUUAUUAAGUGGAAUAAUGGCCGCUACAAUAAUACAACAACAACAACAAAUAUUUUUAAAAAGGCAACAACAAUUAAAUGAAAAUAAAAAACAAUUAGAAGAAAAUUACAGUAAAAGAGAAAAUGAAAAAAUAAUAAAUAAUGUUGAGGAUAAUAAUAAAAUAAAUCCAUUAAUUAAAAAUCAAAGAAAAAUGUUUCGUCCAUAUCUUUAG